ACCUGACCUAACUAACGCGUAAACAAUUACCGGCCUGUAGGCCGAUCAUGCUUAUCUUACGAUCUAAUUCCGAUACACUGAUAAUGUUACCAAUAAAGUAAUUGAAGUAAUAAAUACAUGUGUUACUUCAUUUGUUAGUGGGGAUGGUUGUGUUGGAAAUGACUACACUACUAGCGAAAGUGUGUGAAUCGUAAUGCUACCACGGUUUUAUACUGGCAUUUAAACCUAAAAUUUUAAGUUAUCUCACUACCAUGUUGCCUUGGAUCCACCAUCGUUGGACUGGCCUUUGGCUGCUAAUAACGGCCUUGGGAACAUUGUCCCUAUUUUUAUAUGGAUUUUUUCCACUAAAAUAUCAUUCAGGAAAACUAGCCAGUAUGGAUGACCUUCCAAAUUCUAUAAAUGAGAUCAGUAUUGAUGGUCAAUCAGUGUACAAUCCUGGUGAGAAAAGUGUAAUUCUGAUGGUGAUAGAUGGCUUGAGAUAUGACUUUGUAACUGAAGAGUACAUGCCAUUCACUGGACAGCUAAUAAAAAAUAAAUCAGCAUGUAUUUAUGUAGCUGUUGCCGAACCACCUACAGUCACCAUGCCUCGAAUCAAGUCACCAGAAAGAAAGAAGGAAAAGGCACAAUGGCGGCGCACAAUAAACUUCUGGCGGGAUAUUUUUGCUAUGAUGACCGGUAGUGUAUCGACAUUUGCGGAUGUGGCGUUAAACUUUGGCGCGCCAGCGGUUGCCGGUGAUAGCGUGUUACGGGUAGCGGCAUCAAGAGGUCGUCGCACUGUAAUGUACGGUGAUGAUACGUGGCUACGACUGUUUCCUGGAUUGUGGUCGGAAUCUGAUGGAACCACAUCGUUCUUUGUCACCGAUUAUACAGAAGUGGAUAACAACGUAACUCGUCAUCUAGAUAAAGUUCUGUCUCCAGAUGAGAAAAAGAAACCUACCUUUGAUUUGAUGGUUCUUCACUAUUUAGGACUCGAUCAUAUCGGGCACUUGGAGGGUGCCAGGAGUCCGAAAAUAAAACCAAAAUUGGUAGAAAUGGACAAUGUUGUCAAAAAAAUAUAUCAUGCUAUGCAGAAAUGGGAUCGUACAGGAGUAUUGCUAGUAUGUGGAGACCACGGUAUGAGGGACGCUGGCGGUCACGGUGGAGCGUCUACAGCUGAACUACUCGUUCCUCUUGUGGUAUUAACUAGUGACGGCUUUAAAUGUCCCCACGAGUCCGGCGCCGGACCUACGGUUGCACAGACAGAUGUGGCGCCGACAUUGGCUUGGCUGUUAAACUCACCCCCGCCUGGAGACAGUGUGGGCCGCAUUUUGCCUGCAUUGCUACCUCCAGACCCACGCCAACACCUUUACUUAUUACACGUGCUGGCCGAGAGGAACGCACGCCUCGUACCCUCUACCGACAAAGAGUUUUACAAACAGUUCGAACGCGCUAAGACCCAAUUUGCCCACUACUUGGCAACGGGACAACAAAGCGCAGCGAAAAUUGCCAAGGAAUUUUAUGAGGAAUCUUUGGAAGCGAUGUCUCAAUAUCUCACCGAAUCAUCGACUGACUUCGACAUGUUCGCUAUUGGUGUCGCCACUUUUCUUCUAUACGUUGUGACGAGUGCCCUACUGUGUCUGACACUUUUCUCUCUCCAACCGGAAGUGAAAAGGAAAGUCAGUGUAUAUAGACAGCAAAAAUCAAAAGCCGGAUCCUUGAUCGCCUUUUUCAUCAUAAUGACAAUAUCAUCAAUAGUAUUAAUUAUAGCCUGUUUCAUAACAGAAACCAAAAGCCAAGUUUGUUCUUUCAACCCAGUAUGGUCUAUAGCCUUUAUAGCCAUAACAAUCGUAGCGACGGUGACGUACUUUAUUAUAAAGACAGUAAUGGAAAAGACAAAAGAUCUGACAGUAUUGCGAGACCUGAACGUAAUAGACUAUUUACUGAUAAUUGGUACGCUUUUUCACUCUUGGUCGUUCUUUGGAACAAGUUUCAUAGAAGAGGAACACAUGACUUGGUAUUUCUUUUGGAAUACGUUGAUGUUUUUCGUCCUAGUGAGGACAAUUGUGGUUAUUGUGAUGUACUUCGCUAAGAGAUGGUCGGGAGCCACAGAGGUCCAGGAAAAACCGGAUUUAGAAAAUAGGAUGAGUUCAGUCGGUGUUAGUAUUGUACCGCAGUGGGUUUUGUUGAUUGCUUUGCAUAGGUACUUAAGAACAAUGAAUCAAACUGGGGACCGUUGGAUGUUCCUCCCCGACACUGCGGAUUGGUUAAAUGCGCCCGAAAACGAUUUCUACCUCGAAUUACAUCUUGUUAUUGGUACUCUUCUAACUUUAGCGAUAUGCCUUUGGAAUGUACGCUAUAUGAAUAAUUACAUGCAAAUGCAUUCCGCUCUAACAGUUGUGGCAAUCGCGUGCAUAUUAUGCUACCGGAUAUCAACCAAUUCCUUAGAUUCACCAUUUCCCGUCAUAAAAACUUGGGACCCAGUAUUAAUAGUCGACGUAUUUUGGGCAAUAAUUAUAGCCCAAUUUGUUUUCGAAAUAUUUACCUACAUCGGUGUGUUUAAAACAUGCUGUUUUCCUUUAAAAAGCAAUAGUAAAUUUACGUAUAACAAGCCUAAGGCAAAAAGUGAGGAUUACUUCUAUGACCAAAUGGAAGAACCGUGGAAUAUAGACGAAGUCAAGUUAAACCUAGCUCGGUCGAUCACUCAUAUCAUGUACAACGAUUUGAUGUUGAUAGUAAUACUAUUGAUGAGACCCCAUAACGUUAUUAUGGUGCCGAGCAUAUAUUUCACCUGUAAAUUGACGUCUAAAUGUUUAGACCAUAAACUGUUAGACGCUAGAACAGGAAGGAACACUGAAAUCGUCGAUGUCUUGAGCAAGUCACUCGUUCAUCUUUGGAUUGGAGUUCUAUUCUUCUUUUAUCAGGGUAACUCAAACAGCCUCGCAUCAGUGGACCUGGGUUCAGGCUACGUCGGGCUGCGAGAGUACAGUGCCCCGCGCGUGGCGCUCCGCAUGGGCCUGCACGCGCACGCCGGGCCCGCGCUCGCCGGCGCCGCGCUGUUCUGCGCGCUCGGCGCCGGCGCGCCGGACUGGCGCCGGUACCUAGAUUCUGUAUGGAGAGUGAUAAACGUGUUCGCCUUUCAACGAGUGUACCAGCUAGUAAUUUAUUGUGUCAUAACAAUAGUGUUUAGACAUCACUUAUUCGUGUGGACGGUGUUUUCACCAAAGUUACUCUAUGAUUUUGUAGCUACCGUGUUCUCUGUGCAAGCUCUGUCGACUAUAGCAGUUAUAGUUCAAAUAACUCAUACAACAAGCUGGCUUGCAAAGAAGUUGACGUACAAAUCAACAUUGUGAUAUAAAGUUUAGACAAAGUAUGGUUAGAGUGGUUGUAUAUUAGCGUUAAUUAUUAAUAUACAUAAUUUGUUACUCGAAGAAAAUUUGAACGAUUACCAUAUUUGGCUGUGUGUUUAGAGCAAGCUCUAAAUCAUUUCCUUAGUAGAAUUUUUGUCCGGCAAGGAAUAAGACAUAAACAUUCUGAAAUGACAAUUUUAGGAAACAGUCCAAAAUAAAUUAGUAAAAAUUACUUAAGGUCUUUAUUACGUUUAUUUAUUUAUUGUAUUAUUAAUUUUAUUAUGUAGUUGGCAUAGCUUUAUAUAUGAAACGUGUCUUUCUGUUUGUAUAAAAAAACGUGCAAUGUACGUGAACAAAGAAUUAUAACAAUAUUGCAAUAAAAAUUAGUCAUAUAAAGGUAUUUCUAUACAUGAAUUGUACUGAAUAUUGUGCUAUAGUUUUUCUUGCUUGAUUUAUAAUUAUUUAUUUCUCUAAUUUUACGAUUGGACAGCCCUAUUUACUAUUUAAUAAAGUGUGUUGUCUAAAACAAUAGGCUUAUUGUUAGUAAUAUUAAAAAUAGGAUUAAAAAAAUUUAUUGGUAGCAUUAGGACAUACUAAAAAUAUUUCACCUUUGCCAUUCCAUGAAGUAUUGUUUAAAACAAAAUAACUAGUGUUUUUUCUUUUGUUUGCAAAAUUUAGUAACUUACUAUGGUUAUUAUAUUUUUAUUUAAGAAUGUAAUAAAUAAUAAAACAAAUUUAUUUUCAA